AUAGUCUAUUUCAAAGAGAAAGUUGUUCAAUAAACGUCAAGCUUUUUCUCGUCCGUCGCUGCAAAAUUCUUCGGAUCUAUUGAAUUAUCGGUAAAUUUGGUUUAUUUUGAACCAUGAGUGCUAAGAAAUACCUAAAAACGGUUCCUCCGCAACCUCCCGCGCAACCGGCAGCCAAAACUGAAAAAGAGGAACAACUUUGGAACGCCCUCAAACGCCACAUCAUGCGAGAAAGGGAACGGAAAAAGCAAGAAAUGGAAGCGGAAGUUGAAGAGGAGCGUCAACGCAAGGAGCGAGAGGCCCGGGAGAAACAGGAUGUCAUGACCCUGGGGGAAACCAAGGAACAAAUCCAGAUGCUAGAGAAACAACUACAGGAGCUGCGGAACGAGAAGCAGCAGCUGUUCCUCCAGCUGAAAAAGGUUCUCAACGAGGACGACAAUCGAAAGCGCCAGAUGAAGGAAUCUGUGGAAAUGUUUGCCAUCCAUAAUAUUCCCCAGCAGCAAAUUUUCCUUCCUCAACGUGCUCCGGCCUCCAUGUCACCACAUCCCCAACAUUUGAUACAUAAGGGAACUCCACCACCCGCAGUGGCCAAACGAACGCACAGUCCAUCGCCGCAGAACUACUACAAACAACCGAGCACGAGUCAAUCUUAUCCGCCACCUCCGCAGCCGCAAAAGCACGAGGAAGGCAGACGAGGCCAAGGUGAAGUGGCCCGUGCCGUUCUGUGGAACAAAUCCCAGUAUUGUCCACCAGGUACAAUGUUCUACCCGACAAGUGCGCCACCUCCACCGCAACCGAAUCCCCAGGAUAAUCGUUCAGUGCCGCAGCCUCAAAUAAUCUAUCCCAACUACCAAGGUAACAUAGCGAUGCCCAUGCGCCAAUCAUACCAUGUGGAAAUGACACCACAACCCGGACCACCACAGCCCUCGCAGAAAGCUCCGGAACUUGUGAAGCCUGGUCCCGGACCCGGUUCGGCACCGGCCAAUGUAUAUCAUAUAACCUUGGAUCAACAAGGCAUUCCGCAGCCUCCCACUAACCCUGGGCCACCUCCGCAGCUGAAGGCUAUAACGAUCGAGAAGAUUCCUCAGGAUCGAGGCGUUCCGUACCAUAUGGAACUGAAACAUGAUGAUCGCAAAGAUAUGCGACAGAGUCAACCACCACCUCAACAACCGCCACCCACUACUCAUCUACCGGAGGGUAUCGUGUAUACGUCAGCUCUUCGACCAGGAGCCAUCCCCAUACACGCGAUCGCUUCCAGCCAACAAAUGCCGAAAGGUGGCAGCAUUACUCAAGGCUAUCCGCCGACUAGACCGCCACCGAUUGCCGCUCAACCGCAGCAUCAACCACCACCAGCGCAGAUUCACUACCAGCGACAUCGGUAUUAAAUCUGUCACAAGUUGUGCUGUUUUGGGGUUACAUGUCUGCUGAAAGGAUGAUCUUAAAAAUUUCUUUUUUCUUUUGGCAAUAUUAAUAUUCCUAGCAUUUCUAUUUGGAAA